UAAUGAUUACACCCCUGUUGUGCACACAGUCAUUGAAUGCACAUAUAAAGUUUAUUGGCGGAGGAUGUUUAUUUUCUGCCCGAGUUAUUUAUUAUUGCCAUUCGUUGUCUUGUUGGCUUGAAAUGUAGCUUUCUGGUUUAAUUACACUGAAAAAGAUUCACUGAACGCAGGUUGUGAUCUCCAGUAUUGGUGCCCAUCAUGGCAGGAGGCAUCACAGAGACCGGGGAGCUCUACUCCCCGUAUGUGGGCUUGGUGUACAUGUUUAAUCUGAUCGUGGGCACGGGGGCACUGACGAUGCCCAAGGCCUUUGCCCAAGCAGGUUGGGCGGUCAGCCUGGCGCUCAUCUCCUUCCUGGCGUUUAUGAGUUACAUGACCACUACAUUUGUGAUCGAGGCCAUGGCAGCGGCCAACGCUCAGCUGCGCUGGAAGAGGAGGGAGCAGGAAGAGGUCCAAGACAACGACUCCACUUCUGAUUAUUCGGAUGAUGAUGUCCGGGGACGAUCAGAGCCAGAGACGAGGCCCAUUUUGUCAGUCCAGCGAACAGGAGGAGGACACGUGGAUCACUUUGACAUUGUGGAGAGGGUAGAGAUGGGUCAAAUGGCCUCCAUGUUCUUCAACAAAGUUGGUGUCAACAUGUUCUACAUCUGCAUGGUAGUCUACCUGUACGGAGACCUGGCCAUCUAUGCUGCUGCUGUGCCCAUAUCACUAAUGGAAGUAGCCUGUGGUAACCACUCAUGCAGUGCUGGCAGUGUGAAAUACGACGACACCGACUUGUGCUGGGGGCCUGUCACCAGGAAAGACGCCUACAAGGUGUUUCUGAGCAUCUUCACCUUGAUGUUGGGCCCUUUCGUCUUCUUCGAUGCUCAGAAGACUAAAUACCUCCAGAUCCUCACCUCACUCAUGCGCUGGAUCGCGUUCACCAUGAUGAUUAUCCUGGCUCUGAUCCGUAUUGGUAAAGGCCGGGGCGAAGGCCACCCCCGUAUGGCCCAGAUCUCUGGGGUGCCAAACCUGUUUGGAGUGUGUGUCUACUCCUUCAUGUGCCAGCACUCCCUGCCCUCCCUGGUGACACCCAUCUCUGAUAAGAGGCGUGUGGGUACCCUGGUGGUGUGUGACUAUGUCCUCAUCCUUGGCUUCUACGGCCUGCUCUCCUUCACAGCCAUCUUCUGCUUCGACAGCUCGCUGCUACACGACAUGUACACCCUCAACUUCACUGACAACUGUGACGUGCUGGACAUCCCCGCUUUGCGCUACUUCCUGGGCCUCUUCCCAGUCUUCACCAUCAGCACCAACUUCCCCAUCAUCGCAGUCACGCUGCGCAACAACUGGAAGACCCUCUUCCACCGUGACGGGGGCACCUACCCCUGGGUGGUUGACCGCAUCGUCUUCCCCCUCAUCACCCUGGUGCCGCCCAUCAUCGUGGCUUUCUGCACCCACAACCUGGAGUCCCUGGUGGGCAUCACGGGCGCCUACGCUGGCACGGGCAUCCAGUACGUCAUCCCCGCCCUGCUGGUGUACUUUGGCCGGCGCCACCUGGUGCCUAUGCUGGGCACGGACGAGGUCAAUAAGCACCAGUCCCCGUUCCGCCACACCUUCUGGGUGUGGUUCGUAGUGGUGUGGGCUACCUUCUGCCUCAUGUUUGUCACAGCCAACAUCAUCCUGGAGGACACCAAGAAAUGAGGACACGGACUGGUUGUGAAAGACCGGUUUCUCUGUGUGGGUGUCUUGUAUUUCUACAUUCUCUCUACCUGAGACCUUCCAGAACAUGGUACAGGCUGAACGGUGUGCCUUUUUAUGCUGCUCUUGUAGCAUGGGAACCCUUUUAAUUACAGCGGUAAUCAGCAGUUGAAACCAUUAUAAAGUGUCCUCCCCACCCCUGUGUCAGUAAAAAGAUGGGACUGGAGAAAUGUAGCCAUUAUAAAGUGUCCUCCCCACCCCUGUGUCAGUACAAAGGAUGGGACUGGAGAAAUGUAGCCAUUAUAAAGUGUCCUCCCCACCCCUGUGUCAGUACAAAGGAUGGGACUGGAGAAAUGUAACCAUUAUAAAGUGUCCUCCCCACCCCUGUGUCAGUAAAAAGGAUGGGACUGGAGAAAUGUAACCAUUAUAAAGUGUCCUCCCCACCCCUGUGUCAGUAAAAAAGAUGGGACUGGAGAAAUGUAGCCAUUAUAAAGUGUCCUCCCCACCCCUGUGUCAGUACAAAGGAUGGGACUGGAGAAAUGUAACCAUUAUAAAGUGUCCUCCCCACCCCUGUGUCAGUAAAAAGGAUGGGACUGGAGAAAUGUAACCAUUAUAAAGUGUCCUCCCCACCCCUGUGUCAGUAAAAAAGAUGGGACUGGAGAAAUGUAGCCAUUAUAAAGUGUCCUCCCCACCCCUGUCAGUAAAAAGGAUGGGACUGGAGAAAUGUAACCAUUAUAAAGUGUCCUCCCCACCCCUGUGUCAGUAAAAAAGAUGGGACUGGAGAAAUGUAGCCAUUAUAAAGUGUCCUCCCCACCCCUGUGUCAGUACAAAGGAUGGGACUGGAGAAAUGUAACCAUUAUAAAGUGUCCUCCCCACCCCUGUGUCAGUACAAAGGAUGGGACUGGAGAAAUGUAACCAUUAUACAGUGUCCUCCCCACCCCUGUGUCAGUACAAAGGAUGGGACUGGAGAAAUGUAACCAUUAUAAAGUGUCCUCCCCACCCCUGUGUCAGUACAAAGGAUGGGACUGGAGAAAUGUAACCAUUAUAAAGUGUCCUCCCCACCCCUGUGUCAGUACAAAGGAUGGGACUGGAGAAAUGUAACCAUUAUAAAGUGUCCUCCCCACCCCUGUGUCAGUAAAAAAGAUGGGACUGGAGAAAUGUAACCAUUAUCAAAUUCAUGGACUAGCCAUCCAUGAUAUCAAAAUGAUAGUUUAGUGUUUAUUUACAUUUACUUUGUUUAUAACAUUGGAGUACAACAAGCUUAUAUUAUAGGUACUGGUCAGUUGUGAGAGUUGAACUAAGCGGAUGAGGCAUUUACAUGUUAUAUUCUUCAAUAAUCAAUGGGCACAUAUAAUUAAUAGAUGUAUCAACUGCAGAUCACCCAUUUUAAGAGUAAUCUAUAUCAUUUGUGGAAAGGGACCAAAUAUCUUGUGAUUGUAUGAAAGCUGCUACCGUAUGUAGGAACACAAGGAAGAGGACCUUGUUCACUCUGUUCCAGUGUCCCUCUGUAGAAAAAUACAAGCUGAACAAUCAGACUGUAUUAGCAAGGCAUUGCACUACACAACAGCACUGUUUUUAAGCAUAUACAAAGAGCUGGUCAACUUGUUUCCAAAUGCCUCAUUUUAAAUCCACAAUAACUGAAGGAAGGAUAGAGCAGGGAGGUGUCAGUGUUCCUCUGGACCUUCAGAAACAGUGUUGCGGCUAAAGACAGAAUAUGCUGAAACUAUGGAGAGAGGAUGGAGAGUGGAGGAAAAAUAUAACCUGACAACUAACUCAACGCUCCUGUUCCUAAUGGCAAUGCAGAGAGACUUUAAUGUGGCUUUAAAAUGAACUUGGGAUGGUGAAAAAAGCAAGCUAAAUGAAUCUCUUAUAAUCAGUUUAUUAUGGCUGGCAUUUCUACAUUCCUCACUGGUGGCUCUGCCUCAGUUCUCCUUGUCUUCCCUGUGAACAAUGAACCUUUGUCCAUGACAGAUCCCUGACUGAUGGGCCUGAUGACAGAGCUCCGUCUCUGGUCAUCAGGAGACCGAUCUUGAGUUCAAACUCUGUACACAUACCACCCUCAUGUUUUACUGUUCACCACCAAAUCAUCAGCCCUUCAUCUACUCCAUGUCAGCACCUGACUGCUCUUUGUUGAACUUUAACCCCAGAAAAUUAUCAAUGGACACAGGAAGGUUUAUGUUGGCUACAUCACCAGGAGCCAGCUGGCACAGUGCCUAAUGUACCACAAAGAUGCCUCUACAGUAGUCCCAGUAUAUCUAUUUUUGCAAUCACUGGUUUUCUCAUACCAUGAACUGCACUGUUGGUUAAGGUCUUGUAAGUAAGCAUUUCACGGUAAAGUCUACACUUGUUGUAUUCGGCGCAUGUGGCAAAUAAAGUUUGAUUUGAUUUUAACCAUCUGUCUCAUGCUCGCAACGAGAAUUUCUCAGCUUUCUGAUUUGUUGACAGCUCUUUACUUGAGGUUUUAAUACAGUUUCCUGGUAGCUCAGUUUGAUCGACUAAUUAGAUUUUACUUCCAGACUUGGGAACAGCCUCUUCGCCCUGAGCUCUGCUCAUGCCCACGUUAUACGCUUCUGUCUCAUUGUCAUAUACUCUGGUUCUAUAUAUCUAUUUAUAUCUCUGCUCUAUAGAAUAUAUAUUAUGUCCUAUUAUUGUCAUCAAGUUUGGAGCCCAACUACAGGAGUCAUAUCUUUGAAACAGUAUUGUUGUUGGGGAAUGUAAAUCAUGUUUUGUGGUGUAGGGUUCCAUAUUACAUGGUCACAUUUAGAAUAGUGGUUCUCUUUUACUAUGUAAGUGCUAAAGUAAUAGCUAAAGUGUAUCGUUAGCUGGCUGUCAUGAGCACUCACCUGGUCAAAAAGGGAAAUACUUAUUGCCAUUCAUGGUUUGCACCUGCAACAUUGCACAAGUUUGCACAUAAUUGCCUUGGGUUUGACCUUGUGUGUUUUACGUAGACUUUUGCAAAUGGUUUAUCAUCAAGAUGUUUGUAAGGGUUGAUAACUAUGGUAUUCAUAACCCAUCAACAUAUACAGCUUGACACUAUUUAAAAUGCAUUAGACUAAUAGUCAUGCAUUGUAGCAUAUUGAUGGUAUUGUGUGUGUUAGGACAGAAAAAGUGUGACUAUUUCUGUAACACUGCUUCUCUCAAUCUUGGGUUCCUUCUGGUAAUUAUUGUCAACAUUACAUUUCUGCAUGCAGCUCCUUUCAAAAUGUUGUAGUCAGUUGUUCCUUUAAGCUUCCAGAUUGUGGUGGAUAGUUACUCUUAUUUUUCCUCAUCUUCUUUUCAAUACAAAUGUGCAAUAUGUUUUGAACUGGGUUGGGGAAGUAAGAUUUCAAGCAAAUUUGAACUGUUUGAGAGUGUUUGUCUGUGUGUAUUCUUGUGUCAGUGUGUCACUUCGAAAAGAUUUUAAAUGCGUGUGUCUGACUCUUCUUUGGAGUUGUGAAAUGUGCCUUUUUUCCCGGGGUUAUUGUUUCCAUUAAUUUGUUGACUUGUUUUUCCUGGCAUGUCUUUGUUUUAAGCAGCCUGUCAGAUAAGAUCUGCAUGUAAGCCAGUUAAAUUAACUGACAACCAAUGUCUCUUAAAAUAAACUGGGAUAUCCUUGUCUUCUAAAGUGUGGGUUCGCCUCGUCUUGACUUUGAGACAGUUUUGUGAGUAUUAAAGAGAUGUAAUAUUAACAUUGUAAUUUCAGAACCUUUCCUUAAUAUAUCAACGUUUUAAUGGUGGAAUGAUAGUUUUUUACAAUAUUUUUUCCAGAAUGUUAAAACAAAUGCAUUAUGGGUUGAAUGCUGUAACACAGAAUAAACAAUGAAUUAAAGUCCCAUGACAGUAGACUGCCCCUUACUACAUAUAAUCAUUUAUUCACAUUACUUUAAUAAAAUAUUUCCGUCGUGUAUAUUACAUUAGCUCUAUUUGAUGACUUCAUUUCAUUCCAAGUCAUCUCAUCUAUAUAGAGCUGCUGUCUGGCAUUAUCACUUUUUUUGGUGAUUCUUCAAAGUAAAUAAGGCACAUUUAGGGCUCCCGAGUGGCGCAGCGAUCUAAGGCACUGCAUCUCAGCUGUAUCACAACCGGCCUUGAUUGAGAGUCCCAUAGGGCGGCGCACAAUUGGCACAGCGUCGUCCGGGUUUGGCCGGUGGAGGCAGUCAUUGUAAAUAAGAAUUUGUUCUUAACGGACUUGCCUAGUUAAAUACAUUUUAUGAUUGCUGAUACCAAUACAAAUUUUGUCAUGUGCCGAAUACAACUGGUGUAGACUGUUACGAAUCCCUUUUGGCCCGACAGUCUAGGAGGGGGAUGGUAAUGAGACCCGUAACAUAACUCAUGCAAAUUCUAAUAGUGACAAAGUAAAAGUGCGAACAAAACUACGACAACUGAAAUCUACCGUCAAACUCAAGGUUUAUUUGUAAACACACGGUAAUGGGGGGAGCAGGAAAAGGGGCUGAGCUGGACCCAAGGAAAGAAACAAUAAGUAUUAAAAAAAAAAAAAAAAAGCUAGACUAGCCUACUUUAACAGCUAACUAACCAAAAAUACAGUGGGUGGUCUGCCCAGUUCUAACUAGUGUAUUUACCAAAGUCUACCUACGGGUAGUGUAUGCCCAUGGGCGACUUGUCUUGGUUUCCCCUUUUCCCACCAGCAAUCAAACACAAACACCAUAACCAAAAACAAUACUCACAGGUGAUGACAAAGUGCUAUGGAGGUGCUCAAACAAAAGAGAGGUUAAUACACAAAGAGAGCGUGAAACACAGCAACCUACAGACAUGGCAUUUACAGAGAGAUUUAGCUCUAGAGCAAACAAAUGAUGGGGUUUUUAAACCAAGGGAAAGGAACUGUGAUUGGGUAGGAAACAGGAGGAGGUGUGUCUUCUGAUUGAUGAUUGGAUUAGUGACUGAUUGGGGAGUGAUGAUUUUCACCUGUGAGGGGAGAAGGAGAGAAAAGAACACAGGAUACAUAUACACACAGACACAGGAUACCUGUAUCCGUAACAACCUUACAGUGAAAUGCUUACUUACAAGACCAUAACCAACCAGUUUUAAGAAAAAUACCUAAAAAAAUAAGAAAUAAAAGUAACAAAUAAUUAAAGAGCAGCAGUAAAACAACAAUAGCGAGGCUAUAUACAGGGGAUGCCAUUUAGUCGAGGUAAUUGAGGUAUAUAUAUUCAUGUGGGUAGAGUUAUUAAAGUGACAUGCAUAAUAACAUAGAGUAGCAGCUUCACUUAGAUCAUGUAUUUUCAGGUAGAGAUACCUCACGCAACUGCUCUAUCACGUGUUUUUUUGUCUCUUCUCUUCUCUCCCUCUGUGUAUGCCCCACACAGACCAGACAAGUAGGCAUGCAAUGGAUUAUGGUCAUUGUAGUUAAUUACCACGUUUUCUGCACUAAACGAUGUAGAAUAUUGGCCUGUUGGAAACUACAACUUCCUACUGAGCUCACAGAAAAAACUAAAUGGAAUUCAAAUAAUUGAACCAAGGUCAGCCAAUAAGUUGUUUAAAAACUGAAAGAUAACUGAAAUGUUGGCUAAUUGACUGAGGCAAGCAAAUCUCUUGUCAAUUCAACCACAGACCAGUCAGAUUUGAGAGAUUUGCUGUCUCCAGUCAAUUUGACAAUAAGAUUUGCUGGCCCAGUCAAUUUGACAAUAAGAUUUGCUGUCUCCAGUCAAUUUGACAAUAAGAUUUGCUGUCUCCAGUCAAUUUGACAAUAAGAUUUGCUGUCUCCAGUCAAUUUGACAAUAAGAUUUGCUGUCUCCAGUCAAUUUGACAAUAAGAUUUGCUGUCUCCAGUCAAUUUGACAAUAAGAUUUGCUGUCUCCAGUCAAUUUGACAAUAAGAUUUGCUGGCCGCAGUCAAUUUGACAAUAAGAUUUGCUGGCCGCAGUCAAUUUGACAAUAAUAUUUGCUGUCUCCAGUCAAUUUGACAAUAAGAUUUACUGUCUCCAGUCAAUUUGACAAUAAGAUUUGCUGGCCCCAGUCAAUUUGACAAUAAGAUUUGCUGGCCCCAGUCAAUUUGACAAUAAGAUUUGCUGUCUCCAGUCAAUUUGACAAUAAAGAUUGGCUGUCUCCAGUCAAUUUGACAAUAAGAUUUGCUGUCUCCAGUCAAUUUGACAAUAAGAUUUGCUGUCUCCAGUCAAUUUGACAAUAAGAUUAGCUGUCUCCAGUCAAUUUGACAAUAAGAUUUGCUGUCUCCAGUCAAUUUGACAAUAAGAUUUGCUGUCUCCAGUCAAUUUGACAAUAAGAUUUGCUGUCUCCAGUCAAUUUGACAAUAAGAUUUGCUGGCUCCAGUCAAUUUGACAACGAGAUUUGCUGGCUCCAGUCAAUUUGACAAUAAGAUUUGCUGUCUCCAGUCAAUUUGACAAUAAGAUUUGCUGUCUCCAGUCAAUUUGACAAUAAGAUUUGCUGGCUCCAGUCAAUUUGACAACGAGAUUUGCUGGCUCCAGUCAAUUUGACAACAAGAUUUGCUGGCUCCAGUCAAUUUGACAAGAGACGGUUCGUUGUUGAGUUGUUACAUGUAGUACCUUUAAUUCACUGUGUUGCAUAAGUUCAACUGUUGUUCUUUUUACAAUGGUUUUCAAUGAUUUUGCCUGUAUGUGAAUUCAAUCAAUGCUCAUUCUAAGUGUUUCAAUUGUAUGAUUCCUAUGUUUCUGUUUCGAAAAGGAAAUAAAAGCAUUUUGUUUUUCUGGACCUUUUGAACCUUAAUUAAAGAACAGAUGUUUGAAAUUAA